UGUUAUCAAAAUUAUAUCAAAGUGGAAUGAUUGCCUCCAAACAUCUUCAACCAAUUUUAGAAGAUAACAAAAAAAUUGGAUCACAACGAACACGUCAGAAGUGCAAAUGUCAAACAGAACUAAGGAACGCGUAAAAAUCGUUUAUUUAUUUCUAAAACCGAUUUAGUUAUAAAACUUUAAACAAAAACAAGCGUGUGAAGGCAAGGAAUCUAAUUAAAGAAAUUAAGCAAAAGAAAGAAACCAGAUUCGAACAUCCAUAAAUAUGUCUAGCGAAGAAAGUACAGGGCAAUCGUCAAAUAUUAGCAACAUACAAGAAAAAUUUUCUAAGCAGCAGGAGAAAAUAGCUGCGCUUAAAGAUUUAGUAAAAAAGUCAGAAGUUGCACAUGGAAAAUCAACUUCUACUGCAAAAGAAAAAGUGAAAAACAUUGCUCAACGGCUGACGGAUUUAAGAUCGAAAUCUAAAUUUCGUAAGAGUGUAGAUUCACCUUCGCAACAUGAAGCAACGAACGAACCAGUAACGACGAUUUCGAAUAUUCAUCCUGACACAUUUGCCCCCCAAGCUACUAAUUAUUCCACCCCCAAUCCCACACCUUCGAAAAUACAAGAUGUUGCAACUCCUUUGUCGUCCAAUACAUCGAUACCGAACAGUGAAAAAAUACUCUUGCUGCGUCAGCAAAUGGAACACAACAAAGCUCGAAUGGCACAGCGAGCUUCAAGUAAAUUACAUUUGGAGCAAUUAGUGACACAGUUAAAAGAAAAAUUCGAUUCGACGCAACAAAGUCUGGAAGAUACAGCGGAAUUAGGUAGAUCAAUGAAUGACUUAAGUGCUGUAAUAUAUACACCAGUCUCGCGUGAGCGGCAUAAGUCGGCUACUGAUUUAUCUUCACAACCCUUUAACUUGGAGAAGGAGCGCAUUAAAUUUUUAGAGAAUCGCUGUCGACUGCUAGAGAAACAGUUGGAAAAGGAAUCUCAAACAGCGCAAUCAGCACCGAAACGUAUUAAGGAAUUAGAAAAUAAAGUAUUGGAAUUAACAGAAACACUGAAUCAGGUACCUACAAAACAAAUUGAUAUUUUAGAGAAAGAAAUCGAAACAAUAAGUAACGAGUUGUCAGAGAAGUCCAAUGAAAUUGAGAAAUUGAAACAAUUGCAAGGCAAUGAUAAUGAAUAUUCGAAUGAAUACCGAGCUGAGAACGAUCGUUUAAAUGAUGAAAAAAUGAUGCUUGCAAAACAAGUUGCCGAAUUAGAAAAUGCAAAUCUAGAGCUUCAACAAAAGCUGUCACGCCAAAUGGCAAGGGGUGAUGAAUUAAAACAGAAAAGCAUAGAAGAAGAUUCGUUUGAAGAAAAACUAUCCCUGAUCAAACGAAUUGGUGAGUUGGAACAAAUCAAUGAUGUUUUAGAAACUACGCGAUGUGAUUUAACAAUAAAAUGUAAUGGGACGGAAGAGGCACUGCAAUCUUGUCAAAAAAAAUUAAAUGAUGCAAUUGAAGAGUCUCAUAAAUUGCAAAAAAGACUAGAGGAAAUGGAACAAAAUAUAACAGACCUAUCUACUGAUACAUUAUGUAUUAAGGAAUCAGCUACUGCUGAAACUGAUGCAAAAAUCAAAGACGAAAUGGCGCAUCAAAUUCAAGAAUUGCAAACUGAAAUAAUGAAAUAUAAGAAUGAAAAUAGGGAACUCAAGGAAACAAUAAGUAAAAAUAAUAAAAUUGAAGUUAGCGAUGGUAGUAUAGCUGAGAAAAUAUUAUCGCUGGAGGCAACAAUAGAAUCACAACGUCAAGAUUUGGCAGAUAGAUCGGAGAACUUGCGAAGAUAUGAAGAGGAGCUAAUGGAGAAAACAAUUGAACUAAAUGUACUCAAUGCCAAUUUUAAAGUUUUAGAGGAAAAGUUGCAAGCAAAUUUAAAAGCAAAACCACUUUUUUCUGCCACUGUGACAGGGGCUGACAAUACUGAGUUGCAGAAUGAAAAUCAACAACUGAAGCAAAAAUUGGAUGAGUCAAAUAAAGCAAUGAUUAAACUAAAGCUUAAACUGAAACAGACUGAAAAACAAAUGGAAAAGCUAAAGAAAGCUUCUGAUCUGCACGCCGAAGUGAUAAGGCUAGAGAAGUGCAAUGAAGAUUUACAACAAAAAAUUACAGAACUAGAAGACGAAAAAGGGCAGUGGCAAUUAUCUCAGGUUGAGGAAAAUAAAUUCAAGAAUAUUUAUAAUGAAAACAUACAAAAUGUAGAUCAAAAAAGUGUGGAAGAAAAACAAAAAAUUCUAGAAGAAACUAUAAGGAUGUUAGAGGAACAGAAGUUUGAUCUAUUUGAAAAGUGUGAAUCAUUGUCAACCGAACUUCACUUAUUGCAACAAGAGGUCAGUACCAAAAAUAGUGAGGAAUCUGCAAGAGUUAAAUCUGAAAUGUCAGAAAUUCAUAUGGAGGAACAGUUGGAGGAACAAAUUCAAUUAGUGAAAUCAUUAGAACAGAAAAUAGAUGAUAAGAAUACAGAGAUAGAUAACUUACAUAAGCAAAUAGAUAAACUUCAAGAUCUAAAACAAGAAGCAGACAAGAAAUUGGAACAUUAUAUAUCUGAAAAUAUCGAAUUACUUGAUAAAAUUGAAAAACUAAGUAAGUCGUCCUCUUCAGCUGAAUCCAUUGAAAUUGUGGAAAGAUUAACACAGCAAGAACGUGCUGAGAUCGAUGAAUAUAAUAAUCAAAUUAAUCAAGACCGUGUUGCCGAACAUGAGCGGAGUUCGGUUAAUGAGAUCACGCAAACAGAAAUGGGUCCAGAGUUAACUGAAAGUUUAAUACAGUUACGUGAAGAAAGUGCAGAGCUAAUAAAGAAAAUAGAAUUAUUUACCAAUGAACGCCGUGAAGUGCUUGAUAAAAUGGAAAUAUUAUCCUCAGAAAAUCAAGAACUUCAUAGUAAAAUUAAAGAACUUGUAAUAGAAAAAGAAUUAUUAGAAUCAAAUGCGCAACAAGCUGAACACUCAAAAUCCAAACUAGAAGUACAUCUAAAUGAGGUGACUAAAGAAAAAGAAUUGCUGGCAGCACAAAUCGCUGAGUCAAAUGCGCAAAAUCGGGAACUAACUCAAGGACUCACUUCAUUACAGAAAUCUUCGGAAGUAAUGGCUGCCAUUGAUAGUACCGAAAAUGCCACACUUUUCGAUAAAUGUGAGAAGUCGCUUUCAAAGUUAAACUCGGAAAUUGAAGCGUAUCGAAAAGCGAAUGAUAAAAAUGCAAAAUUUAAUGUUUCUAAAAAGUUAGCUAAAGAGGCAAAGAAUGCGUACACACAAUUAAGUGAACUAUUGCAGAAAGUGAAAGAAGCUAGUACAGCCGUUGAAACAGUUACUGUGGUGGAAACUGUAGUGGCAGUAACAGCACCGAACGGGAAAGCACUAGCGGAAUAUGAACAAUUGACAGCACAAAACCGUGAACUGAAAGCUACUGUUAAUGAGUUACGCGAAGAACUUCAAGAACUUAAAGACAAUGCUGAAACUGCAACAGAUAACAUACAAGCAAUAGGUGAAGAAGCAGCUAAUAAGAAUCAUAAACAGUUAUUGGAAUCUUCAGAAAAACUAGAAAAAACUGAGGCUGAACUAAUUGAAUUACAAUCAAUUGUCGAAGAUCUGCGAAUACAAUUACAAGAAGCUCGAUUGGCCAGUGAAGAAAAGACUGAAGAAGUUGCAAGAAUUAAUAUAGAACUUACGUCGUUACGGAAUCUAUCAGAAGAUUUCGAUCAACUCAUAAACAAUAAGGAAAUGACGUUCGAAAAACAAAUUGAACAACUAACUCGACUCAGAAAAGAGCUAGAGGCUAAAUGUGAAACCUACGAGGGAGAAAUGGAGAUUCUUCAAACUCUUGUUAAGGAACAAAAACAACAAAUUAUAGAAGCCUUUAAGGAAAAUGAGCAUGAAGUCAAUCUCAAACUGUUGGAAUUACAGCAGCGUGAUGAACAAAUAACCCAUCUGAAAGCUGAAAUUGCAUUAUUAAAGGAAGUGUCUAAUGAAGUCAAAGUGCAGUUUUCAGAAGAUUUAGAGAAAGAAUGCCAAAAGCUCCGUGAAUCUUUGAAAAUAAAUAAAGCUUUAGUUGCUGAACAAGUCGACGAGUUGGCAAACAAGCAGGAAACAAUUGAUACGCUCAAUCAACAAAUCAUUGACUUAUACAAAACAAUGGAAGAGAACACCAAUAAAAUUAUAGAGAAAGAAGAUGAAGUGACUUAUAUACAAGAACUUCUGGAUACAAAUAACAAAGAAAUAGAACGUUUAUGCAAAGACAACGAUGAACAGAAAUCGGUGGUUGACAAAUUACUAAUGGAAAUACAUUCUCAUAAACUUAAUGAACAACAGUUACCUAAGUUGGAAAGAGAUAAUCAUAGAUUACAAGCCCUAAUUACUGAACUUGAACAUGUUAAAUUAGAGCUUGAGCAGAAGAAUAAAGAGCAGCUUGAAAAAUUAAAAAAAUAUGCUGCCAACCUAAAGAAACGCACCACACAAUGCCAGGAAUUAGAAGCAAAAUUAAAAGAAAUGGAAAAAGGGGCUUUAGAUAUGUAUGUUAAAGAGAGGCAGACAGAUACUUCUGCCGAACAAAAUCAAAUUCAAGAGCUUAACGCAAAGAAUAUGGUCCAAAGUACAAAAAUAAAAGAAUUGGAGGAGACUGUUAGGCAUGCCGAAGAAAAGACAAAUGAAUUUAGAGAUGCUCUUCAACUAAAAACAGUUGAAAUACUUGAAACGAUGGAACGCAACGCUAAUUUAGAAAAUGAGUUGGAAGAAACUAAAAUAAACCUAAACCAGAAAUUACAGGAAACCAUACAGUUACAGAAUGCAUUGGCUGCCUCCCAGGAACAAAUGUCUGACUGGGGUAAUGAAGACAGUUUUCUCUCGGUUAAUGAAGGUGUAACAAAAGAAUUGGCUGAAAAGUCAAAAUAUAUUUUAAUGCUGGAAGAUGAUUUGAGAACAGCACGACGAGAUUUAUUGUUAAAUACUGAAAAAAUGUCAAUAGGCCAUGAUAAGGUAAAUGAAUUAGAAAAACAACUAUCCACUGCCUUACAAUAUAAAAUUGAAUUGUCUGAAAAGUUAGCAGAUAAAUUGAAAGCGAUAGAUGAAGCAGAAAGAGUAUUCAACGACGUCCAAAAUCAAUUAUUUCAAAGUAAAGAGCACGAAUAUAGUUUACAGCAAGCAAAGCAAGAAUUAAGUUCGCAAGUGAAAAAUCAAGAGCAGCAAAUUGAGAAUUUAACACGAAAAUUGAAUCAAUUCAAUGAUAAAGAGAAUGUAGCAUCUUUGGAACAAAUUGCUGUCCAAGAACAGCGUAUGAAUGAAUUAAGCGAGGAGCUAAAGACAAAAUCUUUAAAGUUUGAAAAAUCUAAGGCCAUUAUUAAAGAGCGAAACAAUCAAAUUCAUCGCUUGCACGCGCAAUUGAAAGACUUGCAAGAUAAACUUAGUGCACAACCUGAAGAGGAAAUCGUACAAGCACCUUUACAACAAACUGUGACUGAUGCAGAAAUAAAAGUACUAAAACAAGUACCAAAGGAUGAAUUUGAUUUACUGCAACAAGCCUACGAUAAGCUGAAGCUUGAUUAUAACACUGAAAAAGCUAAUUUCCUGCAAAUAAGAACGCGUUUGGAAACAGUACACGAUGGAAUUCAGGCCAAACUUCAGGAAGAUAUGUCUUAUAUAGAAACUUUAGAGCAGGAAAAUAGUAAGUUUAAAGACAAGAUAUGCAAAUUGGAAGAGUGCGUUGCUAGCUUUGAAGAAAGACGUGCUUCUAUGGAAAGACGGGCAAACUUGUUAGAUGCACAGAUGCAAUCUCGUGCUGAUGAAUAUGAAAAAACUGAGGAUGAACUUAUCUAUCGGCUUAAUAUGCUGUCGGAACAUGAUGAAGUCAUUGGUCAACGUCUUAUUGAUUCGCAAGAAGAAAAGGAGGAGCUGCAGGAACGUAUGGAUCGUUUCCAAGCUGAAUUUAAAGAGUUAAACAUUAAGCAUACAAAGUUGGAGAAUGAAUUCGAAGCCUAUCGCCAACAAAUUGCAGAAACUUUAGAAAAUGAAAACGUUUCGUUACGUGAUCAGCUUGUAAAGUCGAAUUCUGAAAUGCAACGUUUACGUUCUGUUUACGAUGCAAAACUUGCGGCUAAAGCAACUGAAAUUGAUGAAAUUGAAUGCGAAUUAAGUGAACAACUGGAAAAAAUUAACAUUGAUAAAAGAAAAACCUAUGAAGACUUGGAAAAAUCUAGAGACGAGUGUAUGGCAUUGAAAGACGAAAUUGUGCGUCUAAAGGAGACAUUAAAUGCUAUAGAGCAAUCGAAACAAGAGUUGGAGCGAGAGUCGACAUGGUUGCGUAUGCAAAGUGAAAGCGCGCAACAAGAUCAGUACGAACUACAGGAAUUACGUAUGCAAGCAAUGCAGGAUAAAACCGAGAUCGAUGAAUUACGUCAUCAAAUAGAUACUCUUGCAUCUAACCAUGAAAUGGAACUACAAGCUCUACGAAUACAAAUUUGUGAGUUGGAUUCCCUUCGUAUGCAAGUAGGUCAGAAUCAAACCGAUGAUCAAGUAUUUAUUGAAUCAGAAAACAAACGCUUGACUGAUUUGUUAGCCGAAAAAUCUGCAAUCAUUGAAAAUUACCAACGGCAGAAUUUGCAAUUGCAGAUGGCAGCCGUAGGAUCUACACCGCAGGUACAAGCAGAUCCUUUUGCUUUGGCAUUUGGCUUACCAACUCAGCAUAAUAUAACUUCAAUUCCUUCGCAAAUGGAUGAUAGAGAACGAGAGAGAAUUUCGAAUGAACUCUUGGAAAAAACUGAAGCAAAUACACGUUUACAACGAGAUUUACAGGCAUUGCAAAAUGAAUAUCACACUCUUCUUGACACUAACGCUGAUUUACAGAGACAAGUUUUGGAAAACAGUAGAGAAUUGGAAAACUUACGCGCUCCCAACUCAAGAUCUCCAUCCACACAAUUUAGAAAUGACGUUAUCCCAGCACCUCCAAUGUUCUUCGCAUCCGAACAAAUUACUUCUUCACCAUUUGAUGAGCUUGUACAAGUGCGUACAGAAAAUAUGUUGGAAGGAGCUAUAGGUGGUGAUCAAAUAAAUAACGAUACUGAGCAACCAACAAUAGAAGACCUUCAAAGAAAUGUGUCAGAUUUAGAAAAGCAUGCCCAAGACUUGGAAAACAAAUUGGCAACUAGAAAUCAACUCGACAAUGAAUAUGAGCAGCGAUUAAAAGAAACACAAGUGCUUCUUCAUGAAGCUGAAAAUCAUGUACUUGACCGAGAACAACAGCUUCAGCAAGCUCAUGCGCAUAUAAGCAAACUAGAACAGGAAAUACGAACAUAUGAUGAGUCAAAAAUGGAAUCCACCACGCAUUUGACGGCUUUACAAAGCAAAAUUAAGGAGCUUCAGGAUCUUCUUGAAACGCGAGAGAAACAAUUCAGUGAAAUGGAAUUAAAAUUGCAAUCAAAUAUGGAAUCAGCGUGUAACGAUGCUUCAAAAGCUGCUGAUCAUUUGAGAGACCUAGAAAGCAACAUUAAGCACCUGGAAGUACAACUAUCUGAGCGUGACGAAGAAAUACUAAAGCUUAAAAAUGACGUAAAUAAAGAAGAACAGCUUAAAAAAACUAUAGAGAGCUUGGAAAGUCAGAUCAUAACAGUUUCACCUACAGAAUCAACAGUUAAAGUUGAUUGCUUAGAAGAUGUUAACAAGCCGACUUUGGAUAUGUUUUUUGGCGGUCCUGGCGCAACAGAGUUCGAAAAAUUAGUAAUGUCUCAAGUCUCUGAUGAACCAAUAGUAGAGGAAUUAAUUGUACCCAAAACAGCAUAUGUUUGUCAACCUAAAGAAACUGCUAUACCGACUAUACCUAUUCCAGAAGACUUGGGUGACGACUGGGGUGAUAGUUGGGCCAAUAAUGAAGCAACUGCGGAGGCGGCGCAUUUCCUUGCCAAAACUGACACAAGUCCCCACAAUGUAACUUCAUUGGUGUCACAUGAGCAACGAUUAGAAAUACAAUUACAGGAUGCUACUGAGCAAAUACAGCAUUUAAAACUUGUACUUGAGAGCUCUGAGCAACAGAAGCAAGAAUUACAAGCUAAGUCGAAUAAAUUAAUUAAAAAACUUAAAGAAUAUAAAAUUAAAAUGGACGAGGUACAGCAAUCACAAACCGCAAAUGUCUUUAGAAAGUCAACGUCAGUUGAUUCAAAUUCAAUGUUCAAUGACUUGGAUGCAGCAAUACAAGAAGAAUUAAGGAAUCAAAUAACAAAGCUGGAGUCGAGACUUGAGGAGCAGCACAAAGUCCUAGAAGGCAAUGCAAUUGAAAAAGAUAAGCUAUUAAAACGGAUAGACGUACUAACUGCAGGCACUGAUCGUAUGUCUGAAAUGAAGGAACGUCAAGAUAUGGACUUGCAAAUGUACCAAAUUCGAAUAAGAGAACUACAAGAACAAUUGAAUAAGUUAGAAGAAUGGGGCGAUGACACCGCAAAAGCUGACAAACCUUUAGAAAGUAAAAUACCAUCAGGUGUUGAAAUCAUCGAUAAUCCAAAUGUCUCAUCUAUUGAUUUUGAGGCUGUAAAACUUGAAAUGAAGCAGAAAAUUGAAAAACUCACAGUAGAAAUUGAGGACAUUACCGGCGACAAAAUGGAAGUGGCAGCAUUGUUGGAAGAAGAGAAGCUAAAUGUAGUCCGAGCUGAAGAAACCAUACGUCUGCUACAACAACAACUUUCUACAUUGGAGAAUGCAAAUGUCGGCAAAGAAGUUUUACAAAUUUCCCAAUACAAUGAUUUAAAAUUGUUACAUCAAGAUGUGCAGAAAAAGUAUAACAGUUUAGUUGAAGACAACUCCAAGCUAAAAGAAGAAUUGGUCCAAAUAAAUGACCAACAUCGAAACCUCUCAAGUACUUUGCUGCAGAAAGAAAAUAUCAUACACGGGUUGAGUAACAAAAUUGAAAAUUUGGAACAAACAAUAAAACAGAGCGAUGCGGAUAAAAAUAAUUUGGAAACUCGAUUAACUGACUUAAACAAACAACUCGAAGAACUUACGGUCGAGAAACAAUUGCUAAGUAAUCAAAUUUUGGAACUACAAAAGGAAAACAUUGCCCUGCAAUUAGCCGGUAAUAACGGUAGUAGUACGGAAUUUAAUAACAACGAUGAACUCACAGUGCAGCUGCAAGAGAAGGAUUCGGAAAUUUUGCAUUUAAGACAACGCAUUGAAGACCUUAUGCGCGAAGAUCAGACAGAAAAGCUCGUUUUAGAAAUUUUGACGAAAAACCAAGAAAUUCAAUUGCUUAAAACACAAGUAAAGCAAUUGGAAGAAGAAAGGAUUGAAAUGGAAAACAAUUUGUCACUACAAAUAACACAGGGAAUGCAAGCGAGCAAACAUAAUGAAGAAGAGGUUAAAAUGAGAGAGGAGAUUCUGAUGCUUAGGUCAAAAAUAGAAACAGUUGAAGAGGAGAAAUGUAAUAUGGAAGAGGAGUUGAAGGUGUUGAAUAAUCAUGUUAUGAUGAGUUUGGAACAGGAAGAUAAAACAAAAGCGGCCCUAUUAGAGAUGGACUUAAAAGAAAUCGAAAUAAAAGAGCUCAGAAAGACGAUAGCUGCUAUUACCAAAGCUGAGAGUGAAGUUUCAGCAGGAAAUGCCAAAAGUAAUGAAGUUGACUUUAUUGCUUUGAAUGCACAAUGGGAAGCCGUUGUUGAACAGAGGUGUAGUGAAAUAGCACAAAUGUGGCGCGAGCACAUGGAAAAAAGGGAAGAAGAAUUUAGAAUUAUAGAAGUACGUUUACAAGAAGAAAUUGCAGAGCUCCAAGAUACUCAGAGUGUGUCAAAGUUACCAAAACAGCAAAGCUUAUCUACUGAGACUACAGCAAGUGAUUCAACUAGUGUUUCCGCUAGUUCUUCGGCAGCACCCUCAAAGGAAGGAACACCAUUACGCAACCGUAUAAUAAGUGACGAAAGUGUUACCGUCAAUGGUAAUAUAAUUGAAAAAAUGCAAACGGCCUUAGAAAGUCAAGAAAUGGAAAUCGUAACUCUUAAAGAGCAAUUGGCAAUUAGAUCUGCUGAAUAUGCUCGCCUUGCAGCUCAGUAUGAUCCUUUCAAAUUACAAACAACUUUAUCACACAGCGGAAUGUCGACAAUAACAAAUACGCCCACUGCAGAUUCAACAAUCGCGCGACGUGGAGUAAGUGACGCUUCUUUAGUUCCAAAAUCAGAGUUAGAUUUUGCGCUGUAUAUGCUUCACCAGAGAGAUGUGCGGUGUGAUGAGAUGACUUUAGAGGUUGUGUCAUUACUUGAAGAACGUGAUACAUUGCAAUUGAAACUCUCAAAUACUCUACGACAACUUGAAGAAAUUAAAGCCCAAACAAGUGCAACAGACGCUAACACAACUCAGAUGGACUCAACAGCACUUCUGUCUAGUGAAAGUCCAGUGAAAUUUGCAGUCACAAGCCCGAUUGUAACAGAUUCAGUCAACAACCUAAAUCAAAAAUUAUCCGAACUACAGACAGUUAGCCAUUCCAAAGACAAGGUAAUCAAAGAGGACCGUGAUCAACGCAUCAGACAAAUGGAGAGAAUUCAACAAGACCUUGCUAAAAUUCCCCCUGCAGCUGUUUCUGAAUUAGUUGGAACUGACUUAUCUCAAUCGAGUCAGUCUCCUUCAUCGGUGCUUCUUAACUGGUUGUGGGGAAACAACCCAAACAAUAAUGCAGGCGCAACUUCUAAUUAGAUAAAAUGAAAAAUUUAAAUUUAAUAAACUCACUUCGAUAUUUAAGAUAUUUACCGAUAUCCUGACAAUUGUGUUAAAAUUAGAUAUUAAAUAGAUUAUUAAAUUUAAAAAAAUGUCUAGUUUCUCCAAAAGUCCCAAUGAAGAAUUCCAAGAAAUAUAUUAAGUGUGUGGAGUACCUAAGCAGCAAAUUAUAAAUUUUUAGUGUGUAAUAAGCGAAUAAGUGUAUAUUAUAUAUUUUCGAUUCAACAAUUUAUUGAU